AGGCCAAGUUCAUGGGGAGCAGCAACGGCGUCCUCAAGCGCGCGGCCAAGGUGCUGCAGCGGAGCUUGUCUUGCUCCAGGAGCGAUCACCUCGGCAGCAGCCUACCGGGUCGAAGCCUGGAACUGCAGGAGGCCGAUGCGGCGGCGGUGCCGCAGGACGUGAAGGAGGGCCAGUUUGCGGUGGUGGCGGUGUGGGACGAACAGCGCCGGAGGUUCGUGGUCUCACUGCGCUGCCUCUCCAACCCGGUGUUCCUGAGGCUGUUGGAGCUGGCGGAGGAGGAGUUCGGCUUCCGGCAUGAGGGCGCCAUCGCCAUCCCCUGCCGGCCCAGCGAGUUAGAGAGAAUUCUUAGAGAGCUACCACAGUGACUGUGACUGAAUCUGUACGAGAACCGUAGCCAUCCAUCUUCCAUGGCUCGGAACUUCAAAUAGUCAUGCCAAUUACUGUAAUCGAUGUGAAUCCUCCA